AUGAUUUUUCAACUCCUCCUUCAAAAGAUUUUGUUCUUAGUAAAAUAAGUGAGUUUAUAUGCCGCCUUAAUGAAAAGACAACUCUUUUCUAUGCUUUUUAAUUAUUUAUAUAUUCCUCAUUAAUUGAGCAUCAACACUUCAAAAUAUUUUCUACUCUUGAAAUUUAAAAGCUACUCAAAUCCAGGAAUUCAUACUAGCCCAAAGUGUACAUCAACCUACUUUAUCAAAGAGAUCUUGACAUGAGGGGUACCUUCAUGCGGGGAAAGGAUGGUCUAAAAUUGUUGAAACACGAGGGGUAUCUAUUUUGCAGGGGUAGAAAAUUUAGAGGCGUAAUAAGUAGCCUUAAUAAAAAGACUACUUUUGUCCUUCUCAAUUAGUGGGAGUUUUGUCAUCUAAAAUUCCACCUUUUUCUUUUUGCUUGUUAUCCCUACCGGAGUCUCCUCUCCGUGAUACGUAGUACCUUUCGCCCUUAAUUUUUGUUACUAGGAGUAUUCAUAAUUAUUAAUUAUUCAUAGACUGAAAUUAGUAAUCCAAAAGCUGUGGGGGCGUCUAUGUAUUCUCCCUACAUCAUACAUAGUUGAUUUCUUGAUCGUAUGUCGUCUUCUUAAUUUUUGAUCAUCAGUCUAAAUAAAUAUCUAGAUUGUCCAUUACUUUUGGUUUGUCUCUCAGUCUUUUCCUUUUUAUUUUUAUUUCUUCAUAUUCCCAUUUACACAGCACAGCGCCGUACAGAGAGACUGUUAAAGGUGAGGUCUUUUGGAGAUUGAAUUCAAAAAAAAUUAUAUUUUCAAUGGAAAGCAAUAGUAGAAGCAAGUUCAAAAUAAUUUGUGUUUUCUGUGGAAGCAAUCCUGGCCACAGGAAAGUCUUCAGUGAUGCUGCUAUUGAGUUGGGGAAUGAAUUGGUAAGUAGGAAGAUUGACUUGGUCUAUGGUGGUGGAAGUGUUGGAUUGAUGGGGUUGAUUUCUCAGAAAGUGUAUGAGGGAGGAUGCCAUGUCCUUGGGGUCAUCCCGAAAGCUCUUGUGCCUAUUGAGAUAUCAGGUGAAAGUGUUGGUGACGUAAAGAUUGUUUCGGACAUGCAUGAGCGGAAAGCUGAAAUGGCUAGUCAGGCUGAUGCCUUUAUUGCACUUCCAGGCGGAUAUGGAACCAUGGAGGAGACUCUGGAAAUGAUAACAUGGGCACAGCUUGGAAUUCACAAAAAACCAGUUGGUUUGCUAAAUGUUGAGGGUUAUUACAACUCUUUGCUUACACUGUUUGACAAUGGUGUUGAAGAAGGUUUCAUUAAGCCUGGGGCUCGUGACAUUGUUCUUGCUGCUCCUACAGCCAGAGAGCUUUUAAGCAAGAUGGAGCAAUAUACUCCUUCACAUGACCAUGUUGCUCCCCAUGAAAGCUGGCACAUGGAGGAGUUGGCAUAUCCAGGGGAAAAGUCUCCAUGACAAAACACAUUCUCCAGUUAGGACAAUCUCCAUAAUAGAAGUCUGAUAUGAUUCAUUAUCAUUAACUCUUGGAUGAAAAUUUAUUCAGGUGGAGCCACAUAUAAAGCAUCAUUGUUUACUCUUGUCAUUCUUUGCGGUUACAUUUAGUACGAUCAUUCUUGGUGUUUUGCAUAAGUUAACAUUGAUUUAUAAAUUGGUCUAUGGAUGCAAUAUUUUGUGAUUAA